GCUGAGCUUGUGUCGCCUAACAAAGAUAAAGGAGAAGGGAUCUCAGCGGUGACUGAGAUAAAUGCCUCAUUUUGUAUUAUAGACUUGCAGGUGGGAGACCUUUUCUGCGUUAGGGGCCGAUGAUAGGGGUGGCUUGUCCUUAUAUGAACGGAAACCAGAAAGCAUUGAGAACUUCGAACUAAGCAGUGGUUUCAUCCUUGACAUGGGCAUGGCACAGGAGAAAAUGGAAGUAGACUUGGAGCUGCCGCCGAAUUCCACCACCUCAGAUGGCAAUGCCCUAAGAAUAGCCAACAGCGUCCCUUUGAUCAAUGGAUUUGGUGAUAAUUCACAGGUAUUCCAAGCUGACACAUUAAGAGUGAAAAGAAACAGCACGACAUUUAUGAGCCAGCAUGCCCUGUUGUUCCUACCUUCUCCUAUUCGUACUUCUGCCAGCCGCUUGCAUCAAAUAAAACAGGAAGAAGGCAUGGAUGUAGUAAACAAAGAAGCAAUGCAUGAACGGGAGGUACACACUGCAAUACAGAUAAGUCAGUCUUGGGAAGAAAGUCUGAACCUGAAUGACGAUGAUCUGGACACACCAUCCACUGUAAAGAGCAUUGAUCUAAUCCCAGUAUCCCAAGCAGCUUCUCUCACUAAAUGGAUUGGGAAGGUAAAAUACCACUUGAUGAUCAGCCAAGACACUGCCAACAUACAUCCUGUGACACUUCCCAGCUGUCAGUAAAGACUGUGUGGGAGAAGAACUGGCUUAGGCAAAUACAGAACCUUUCCAGUCUGUUCAAGCCAUUACCAAUGGAUAGCUCCACCUGAAACAUCAG